AUGACGCGCGGACGUGGUCGUGGUCGCGGCCGCGGAAGUGGCGGCGGGAGAAGUAGUGGUGACGGCACGGUGUCGAGCUCAGCGUCGACGCCUGCUGCCCCGCCGGCAUCCGAGCAGGACAUUUGCUUUAUUUGUGCUGAACCCGUGCGGCUCUAUAGUCUGCCUCCCUGCAAUCAUCGCGUGUGUCACAUCUGUGCGAUGCGCUUGCGUGCACUGUGGAAGUGGCGAAAUUGCACGUUUUGCAAGGCAGAAGCUACUCGCGUCAUUUUCACAUCAAAUGAUACCAAGUCCUACGGCGCCUUUACGCCCGAUGAGCUGCCGUACGUGGACGAGAAACUCUCCAUCUACUUCGAGACCAAGCAGGACUACGACGAUACUAUCUUGCUUCUCCGCUUCCAGUGCCCCAAACCCAACUGCGAGACGCUGUGCUCUGGCUGGUCAGACCUCAAAGGCCACGCCAAGCGCGAGCACACGCGUCUGCUGUGUGACUUGUGCAUCAAGCACAAGAAGAUUUUUGCGCACGAACACACACUUUUCACGUCCGCAUCGCUUCAGGCACACCUGUCAAGUGAGCACCGCUACUGCGAGUACUGCCACCAGCACUUUUAUAGCGAUGACGAGCUAUGGGUGCACAUGCGCGACAAGCACGAGCAGUGCCAUAUUUGCAAGGCACACAGCGAGAACGAAGAUGAACGCUGGCGAUACUACCAAGACUAUCGCAUGCUGGAGCAGCACUUUCUCAAGGCACACUUCCUGUGUCCCGCACCCCAAUGCCUGGAAAGGAAAUUUGUCGUGUUUGAAAACCAGAUGGAGCUGCAAGUUCACCAGGUCGAGGAACAUGGACACACCCUUUCGCAGCGCGAGCGCCGAGACGCUCUGCGCGUAGAUACGAGCUUUAUGUACGAUGAUCGGCCAAGCCGCCGAUCGCAACGCAGCAGCAGGCAACAGCGCCAGGAUCAGGCCUCACGACGCGCCCAGUUUGGACGCACCCUGACCACCACAGACGAUCAUGAAGACGAUGAUUGGUCGAGCGUUCUGACCGUGCUUAACGGCUCGCAACUCAAACUCACGUCGUGUAAGGCAGCCUUGCACGCUUAUGGCGCAUCUGAAACUAACGUACACGACCUCCUCAAGACCAUCGCAAACCUCACAGGCGAUGUCCACGCCACGGACCUCGUGGUCCAAUGCCUGUCAGGCCUGCUCAAGCAUGCCGAAAAGCGCACAGAACUCCAUGAUACAUGGACAGCUGUCAAGCACGAACAGACAUCCUUCCCGAGUCUGCCGUCUAGCUCGCAUGUCUCCAUCAAGAGCGCCGCACCACGGACGCAGCAGGCGCCGCCACGGACGCAAGCACAGUUCCCCUCGUUACAAGCUUCGCGCGUCCCCGGCUCCGCUCAGAAUGUACAACAUCGCGUCAGCCACACGCCAUGGAGUGGCAGCAGUGCAAAGGCCACACCUGGCUCCUCAGCUGACGCAUUUCCACCAUUGGGUGGACCCGCGCGGCGUCCAGUGGCACCGCAGACGGUGCAAGUGUCGCGUCCGUCCAAGAGCCGUCAUGCACCUUUGUCGAGUGCCCAAUUUCCCAGCUUGCCUACCUCCUCGGCGCAUGCAGAGCGUCAGGCACAGAAACGCGAGUUGCUGGGCAAUCGCGCCGCAAACCCACUGCUCCCAGCGCCUCCGUCCAGCCGCUGGGGCAGUAGCAGUAGCAGCGCUGCUUCAAACGACGAUUUUCCUGCGUUGGGAAGUAUGCAGGCCUCGUUGCCCGAGCCUACGCAGGCGACGAGUAGCGGGGGCAAGCAGCGGCGUCGGAAAGCGGUGCUGCUUUCAUCGGUGGGCCCCAUGCACCACGUGUAA